AUGCACGGGGCCGCCCGCGCGGCCGCCCCGAGCGUGAGCGCCGACUGCUGCAUCCCCGCCGGCCUGCGCCUGGGGCCGGUGCCCGGCACCUUCAAGCUGGGCAAGUACCUGUCAGACCGCAGAGAGCCCGGGCCCAAGAAAAAGGUGCACAUGGUGAGAGGGGAGCUGGUGGACGAGUCCGGGGGCUCCCCUCUGGAGUGGAUCGGGUUAAUCCGGGCGGCCAGAAACCCCCAGGAACAGACUCUGGAAGCAAUUGCUGAUAUACCGGGAGGACAGAUCUUCUACCGAGCACUUCGAGAUGUCCAGCCAGGGGAGGAAUUGACUGUGUGGUAUUCCAACUCCUUGGCCCAGUGGUUUGACAUUCCCACGACUGCAACUCCAACACAUGAUGAGAAAGGAGAGGAGCGCUACAUCUGCUGGUACUGCUGGAGAACGUUUAGAUACCCCAACAGUCUGAAGGCUCACCUACGCUUCCACUGUGUGCUCGGCGGCGGCGGCCGCGCUUUCCUGCACCACGAGCACGCGGCUCGCCAAGGCGCCGCCCCCGAUGGCCUCCGCCUCUCCCCGAAACCCUUGGCGCCCGAUUUCGCCGGGACCGUCCCGACAGACUCUCUGCGAGCCCACUCGCUGGUCCCGCCGCCCCCUCAGGCCUGCGGACCCCGGGAGGGCAUCAAGCGGGAGGCGUCUGCCGCGCCCUCGGCUACCUCGCCGCCGCCGGGCAAGUGGGGGCCGCCCAGGAGGGGCAAGGAACAAGCGGAGCGCGCGCUGGACAUGAGCGGGGCCGCGCGCGGCCACGGUCACGGCCACUUCCUGGGCAUCGUGGGUGGCUCCCCGGUGGGGGGCGGCGGCCUGGCUUUCUACCCCGGCGUGCGCUCCGCCUUCAAGCCUGCGGGUGUAGCCAGGGCGGCCGCAGGCGCACACGCGGACCCCUACCGGGAGGAGGCCACUGGCAAGCCGGGGACCCGGCUGGCUUUGGGCAAGCUGCUGGGCGGGGGCCGGCCGUCCGGUCACCUGUGCCUCUACUGCGGCAAGCUGUACUCGCGCAAGUACGGGCUCAAGAUCCACAUGCGGACGCACACGGGCUACAAGCCGCUCAAGUGCAAAGUGUGCCUGCGCCCCUUCGGCGACCCCAGCAACCUCAACAAGCACAUCCGGCUGCACGCGGAGGGCAACACGCCCUACCGCUGCGAGUUCUGCGGCAAAGUCCUGGUGCGCCGCCGGGACCUGGAGCGCCACGUCAAGUCCCGCCACCCCGGCCAGAGCCUGCUCCCCAAGGAGGGCGACGGCCCGGGCGCAGAGCCGGACUACCCCCCGGAGCCCAGACAGCCCAAGAGCGACGACGACGACGACAGCGACGUGGACGUCUGCUUCACGGACGACCAGAGCGACCCGGAAGCCGGGGGCGGCGGUGAGCGGGACUAG